GGAGAACCGAUAUUUUAAUCCGAAAACAUCCACAUGGGCAAGCAACGGAGUUCUAGCAAAAGCCGCGGUGUUUUAAAGAGAGGUGAAUUCGACAGAUUCCCUUAUCUUUGCGAUGCAUGGAUUGAAACGGACGAUGGUAAAAAAUUCGCUGUGCAUCGGACCUUAUUAUCUAGAAUUAGCCCAUAUUUUCUUACCGUUUUCACAACAACAGGUUGCAGAAGAAGGUUUAGUACAUGUCACAUCUCAGGAGUGUCAGCGGAAGUUAUGGAAAUAAUUAUUAAGUACGCUACUGACUACAAAGUGCAAAUUGACGAAGCUAUUGUCCAAGAUCUUAUGUUUGCAUCUGAAUAUUUUUUGGUACAAGGCUUAGUAUCUAAAUGCUGCAAUUAUGUUCGUUCUCACAUCUCCAUGUAUAAUUGCGUUGCAUUUUAUGAAAUAUCAUCCUGGUUGGAACACUUAGGACUCAAUGAGGAAUGUUUUCGCUUCGUGGUGACGCAUUUUGAGAAGGUUGUUCAAGAGCACAGCGAAUGCUUGUCGAAAUUAAGAAUGGAAGAUAUCGAAACAAUUUUGAAAUCUGAUGACCUUAAUGUGUCUGAUGAAUGGACUGUUUGGAAAGCUACUGAAAUUUGGGCACUAAGUAACCCUCAAGAAAGAUUGCAACAAGUGGCUAGACUCUUGCCCUAUCUGCGGUUGAAUCUCAGUGAUUUAUCAAAGAUUGCUGAUCACGCCAUCAUGAAAAGCAAUGAGACAUUCAAGCAUAUAAGCUCAAGCAAUGUAAGUAAAAGACGACCAUUGCCACCAAAGAAGUGUUACGUUAUAUUCGAUUGCGAGAAAGAAAAUUGCAGUUGUUUCAUAACUUAUGACGAAAAACUGGAUUUCCAAAGAAAAGUAUCUAGUUUUCUCUUCCGGCCAGUCGAUGUUGAUCGUGGACCUGGUCUGAGCGUAUAUCUCUUCAUGGGUUGGGAAUGCUGGUUAUUCGAUGUUGUACAAGCUAGACUGAUACCUCUGCCAAAUUUUAGGACAACUCGACUAGAUUGUGCAAUAGCUUCUGUAGCCGGUCGCCUAUACGUUAUUGGAGGCAAUUUUUAUCUUCCUAGAUAUACAAAAUUCAGAAUUGUUGAAUGUUAUGAUCCGGUGACCAAUAUGUGGCAGUAUGUGGCUUCUACUGCAAACCCCUGCCGGGGAGAUGCGGCCGUCCUAAGAGGAAAGAUUUACACAUUUGGCGCUUAUUUCGAUCCCUUUCUUCAACAAGAAGUAUCCAUUGGAGAAGUGUAUGAUCCUUUAACAAAUACGUGGACACUCUUGCCUCCUACUGUGAAUUUCAGCGAAGUCAUUGCUGUGUUGGCAUUAUGCAACAAGAUAUACGUAGCUGGACGAUUCAAACGAGUGAUAGUUGUGGUAAGAUACAAUCCUAACCUGAACAAAUGGAACAAAAGGUUGAAGAAUUUACCCAAUAAAUUUACAAAACCGAAAGCUGUCGUUCUCAAAGAAACGAUUGUAGUAUACGAAGGAGCGAUUGAAGUUAAGAAACCCAAAUCUUUUGUGUGGAAGAAGGAUCUCGAAGAAUGGGAGGAAGUGAAAGAUCCUAUUUAUAAGCGACUGCGUCAUUCGCACAUUUGUUGUUUCGAUAACAAACGCAUCUUGAAACUUUUGAGAAAUCGAACUUCAUUUGAGUGGGAAAAGAUCAGAUGAUACUUUUGAGAUUAGAUUUUUAAAUUAUCCAUUUUCGUUAACUUCAUUUAUUUCAUGUUUAAAUUUGCUGAUUAAAAAGCACAUAAAUUAUUGCUGUUUAUUGUAAAAAUCUCGAUUGUAUCAUUUUAAAAAAUGCUACGAUAAAUUUUCAGUUAAUUAAGAAUGAAAUGUUGUAUUCAUUAAGCUAAAAUUUGCUAAAAAAUG